UUAAACAGAGUGUGUGUCCUGGUGCUGACUUGAGAGUUUUCCCUCCCUCCUAUAAAAGCGCAGCGCUCUCGCUCCUCUGCAGUCACAUCUCAUCCAGCCAAGAUGAGUUUCACAGCAGAGCACCACCUCUACGGCCCGUCCUCGUACCGCAAGGCUCGGCCCUCCUCAGGGUCCUCCAGCGGCUUCCACUCCCAGCGCCGCCGCCUCACCUACAACCAGCCGCCCGCCGCAGACAGCCAGGACAACUUCGGCGGAGACAUGACUCACAGGAACGAGAAGGAGAUCCUGCAGACUCUCAAUGACAGGUUCGCCGGCUACAUCGACAAGGUGCGCAACCUGGAAAUGCACAACCGCAACUUGGAGGCAGAAGCCGAAGCUCUGCGGCAGAACCAGGCCGGGCGCAGCUCGGUUGGAGAGCACUACGAGCGAGAGCUGGGCGACCUUAGGGGUCUCCUGCAGCAGCUGACGGGGGAGAAAGCCCGCGCUGCCCUGGAGCACGACCACCUGGAUGAAGACAUCCAGCACCUGCAGGCCCGGCUCGAGGAAGAGGCGCGAACCCGGGAGGAGAUGGAUGCUGCCGCGCGCACCAUGAAAAAGUAUGGGGAAGAGUGCCGCUUGACGCGUACGGAGCUGGACAAGAAGCUUCGCGCCCUGGAGGAGGAGGGCGUUUUCCUGAAAAAGAACCACGAGGAAGAAGUGGCGGAGCUUCUCGAGCAGAUUCACGGUGCGCAGGUGAGCUUUGACAUGCGGGACACGAUGAAGAGUGACGUGACCGGCGCACUGCGAGAGAUCCGCGCGCAGCUGGACGUCCAUGCAUCCAAGAACUCAACACAAGCCGAAGAAUGGUUUAAAGUGCGCAUGAACCGUCUGUCUGACGCUGCUCGCACCAACCAUGAUGCAAUUCGUGGAAGCCAGGAAGAGAUUGGAGAGUACCGCCGUCAGCUCCAGAGCCGCACCAUCGAGCUGGAGACUCUUCGGGGAACCAAGGACUCCCUGGAGAGGCAGCGUAUGGAGUGUGAAGACAGACACCACGAUGACCUCAACUCCCUACAGGAAACCAUUAAUCACCUGGACAAUGAGCUGAAAACCACUAAAUGGGAGAUGGCCAGCCAGCUGAAGGACUACCAGGAGCUGCUGAAUGUGAAGAUGGCUCUAGAUGUUGAGAUUGCUGCUUAUAGGAAGUUACUGGAGGGAGAGGAGAAUCGCUUUGUUUCAGGAGCAGGUCCCUACUCUUACAUCGAGAGCAGAAUCUCUUCCCACUUGAAGAUGAAAGCAGAGGAAAUCUCAGAUACAGUCAUCGUGGAGGAGCAGACCGAUGAGACCCAGGUGACAGAGGUCACAGAGGAGGCAGAUGAGGAUGAAGAGGAGGGAGAAGAGGAAGAAAAAGACGAGGAAACCAAAGAAGAUGAGGAAGAAGGAGAGGGAGAAGAUAAGGACGAGGAAGGAGAGGGAGAAGAAGACAAGGAGGAAGAUAAGGAAGAAGAAGGGAAGGGAGAGGAAGACGAGGCAGAUGAGGAAGAAGAUAAGUCAACAUCUCCAGAAAAGAAGGGAUCUCCUCAGCCUAAAUCACCAGUAUCCAAAUCACCAGCACCCAAAUCCCCGGCUAAGUCCCCUGCAGUGAAAUCCCCCGCAGGAGCAGAGUCAAAGUCACCUGAGUCCAAAUCCCCUGAAUCCAAGUCUCCUCGUCCCUCAACCCCUGAACUGAAGUCCCCAGAAAAAGAGAAGGCCGAGCCCGCCGCCACUAAAGAAACCCCAGAAGAGGGGAAGAAAGAGGAGAAGCCUCAGCCUGUCAAGGAGGAAAAGAAGGAGAAAGAAGAGCCCGUGAAGGAAGAGAAGAAGGAAGAGAAGAAGCAAGAGCCCAAGGAGAAAGAGCCCGAGAAGGAAGAGAAGAAGCAAGAGCCCAAGGAGAAAGAGCCCAAGGAGAAAGAGCCCGAGAAGGAAGAGAAGAAGGAAGAGCCCAAGGAGAAAGAGCCCGAGAAGGAAGAGAAGAAGCAAGAGCCCAAGAAGGAAGAGCCCAAGAAGGAAGAGCCCAAGAAGGAAGAGCCCAAGAAGGAAGAGCCCAAGAAGGAAGAGCCCAAGAAGGAAGAGCCCAAGAAGGAAGAGCCCAAGGAGAAAGAGCCCGAGAAGGCCGAUAAACCUGAUGCUAAGAAAGAGAGCAAGGCAGAGGACGCUUCAAAACCUGCAGAUGCCAGCAAGCCCUCAGAGGACAAGCCCACGUCUGAGCCUAAAGAGAGCGCUCCCCCCACCAAGGAGGAGAAACCCGCUGCUCCUAAAUCUGAGAAGACCGAGCCCGAGACAAAGCCUGCACCUAAAGCCGAACCCGAGAAAACAGACAGCAAGAAAGACGAGAAGAAGCCCGAGGCUAAAAAGGAGGCUGGUAAAGAUGAGAGCAAGGAAGUGAAGGAUGAAGGGAAGCAGGAGAAAUCCUCUGGCACCGAGGUAAAGGACAAGGAGGAGAAAGUGAAGAAGUAAAACUGAUAAGCUGUGAUUGAAGGCACAAAGGGAGGAGGAAGUGGAGAUGCCAAAGAACUAUGAGAAGUGAAGGAAGGCAGGGUAAAGAGCAGGAGUAAGAAGCUUGAUGCUCCCAGCUGUUCAGAUGGACGCCUUAAUGUCCAAAGUAAAGCAGGUUAUGGUAUAAGCAAUAGUGAGUUCUGUAGCAAAUAACCCCCAGCACCCUGAGUAUGGCCAUUACCCCCUCCCCUGAGCUUCUGAUGUAUGACUGUAGUGAAUGCUCUAAACUCUUUAUCUGAAUGUGACAACUAAAUAACAAGUGCAUUUAAAAUGAAUCCCGCUGAGGGGAACUUGCUGAGAUAUAAAAAAAAAUUCAAGUGAGAGAUUGUGACAGAUAUUAUAUAUAUAUAUAUAAACAAGUAUAUUUAAAGAGAUACAAAUGUCUAUAUUAUAUUUACACAUACUUCAGUAAGAAAAACUUGAAUUUAUGCUUGAUGUGCACCUUGCUGCUGCUGCUUCUCCUGACAGGUGAACUGCAGCGUCUCACUUCUCUGGUCUGCAAUGCUAGGACAAUGAUGACUAUGUGUUAUGUAUGAACUGCUGAGAAUAUGCAAUAUGAAACAGAUAAAUAAAGAAUAAUAUCAAACACA